GCUUCUAGGACGUCGACGCUCCUGAACUACAGUUUUCUUUAUGAUUGGUUGGCAUUUGCGUGCCUUCUUCCAAGCUCUCUACUUUGUGGUCGAGAGGUGAAGUACAACUAGAGAGAUUGAAAUAUAAAUCUUGAGGCGAAGUGUGUGCAUCUACCUAUUGGUACGACGACCAUGAAGCCGUACAUUACAACAUAGCAGACUUCGUAACACCUAAAAAACACCGUUGAACGAAGAUGAAAAGAGGCAAGCGCCCCAGCAAGAUCACCGCUGGAUGAGGGGCGGUUGCCAGACGCCUCGAAGAACGUCUACUCCAGUCGCCUUCGCACGACUACUUCCGAGUUCUCCUAGUACCGCGAGCUUGUCUUGCAACCAAGCAGUACCAAAACCGACAUCAUGCGGAUUUUCUAUGCGGCAGCUGUCGUGAGUACCAGUAGCACGACGGCCCGCGCCCGCGUUUCGCCGUUCUCCUACAACGCUCUGCUACCGGCCGAACAGCAGGCGGGCAGAGGGGGCGGCGGGGGUAGUUCUUCCUCGUCGUACAGUAGGAAUGGCGAGCUAGCGGGGGAGGAAGCGGGUCGUGGGGGAGCUGCUACUUCUGGAGGUAGGCAAUAUCAAAUGUAAAAAUGUCUGGGUCUGGAAGAAUGCGCGAUUUGUCAUGCUGCUUUUCCAUGACCCAUGAGCUCUGGAAUGCAGGACCUAGCAUGGCAGAUUCUGCGAGACCUUUCUAAUGCCUAUCCUGCAUGAGAAACUACCUCCAGACUUGGUUAAAACUGGACGACUUUUGGUAAUCAUGCAACACAGAUUUUUGCAUGCUGCAGAUUUAGCAUGACAAGUUGCAAUCUUCCAGACCCAGACACUUUUACAUUUGAUAGGCAAGUACUAAUACCCAUUGGCGAAAGAUCUCUUUUUUUUUACGCGGUGGUGCCCGUGGCCGUGUCGUCGUGGUAAUAUUUUAAUACCAAAACUAAAAAAAGUAAAAACACGCAUCGGACAGCAUUUUUUUAGAAAAUAACACACAAAUUAAUAAAUAAGUAUACAAAAAUACAGGUCUCCUUCCACACCUUUCCUACAACGAUGUUUAUCACGAUACGGGACAAAGUGCAAGCCCAGGUGGAGCAGCAGGCCUCGAAAGAAGCAGCGGCAAUCCCGUGCCGUUGUUGAAUUUCAAUCUCGCAGGACCAGCACCAGACCGACAACUACAGCACCAACAAGAUAUGAACCUGCAGGAACUGUCCUUGGCGCAGACGGAAGCCACAGCAUCCUCCAGAGAGGGUGUUUUCACAUCUAGCACAAGAACUUCCUCACAAUUCAAGAACGCAAGCCCGGGAAUCGGUGGCCGUUCCUCGUCACUGAGCAGCAGCGAGCUGCAGCGGCCCCUGGUGGGUGGUGGAACAACAAGUAGCAGAAUCAUGAACGACGCCAGCAGUGGGAGCAGUCUUUCGCCCUAUUACUCUAAAGAUGAUGCUGAGAUGAACAGAAUAGUACAACAACAUCAAAACGACGGUAGAAGUGCAGCACAACUUUUUCCGCCGAAUUAUUCAUCUGGCUUUCUCGCAACCUCUCCGGCCGGCGGUGGUGGAGCAGCUGCGGGUGCAAGGGAGCUCUCGACGAGGAACGUAAUAUCACCUGCUUCAAGAAUUACAUCUGCCAGAAGUACGACUUACAGCCCCGCCUCGUCUGGUGGUGGUCCAGGAUCACAAAAUUUGGUCGUGGAGACAACCAUGUUUGCUCCUGGGAGUUCGCUAUGAACUGCAAAAGUACUAACGUACUAGUAUAAAUUGCAUUACAAAUCGGCUCAGCAUUACAAAUUUAAUCAAAAUUAAAAAAAUUAAAUUUGUACAGACAUUUGUAAUGCUGAUUUCCCUUAACACCUAGAUUUGGAAUGCAUAACUGCAAUUAGUACGAGUGCGAUACUUUUGCACAGGAUAUUCGCCCGAGCAGAUGAGUCUCUUGCAGCGGUUGGAGCAUGGCAGUCCCUGCGACGCUUUCACGACCGAGGACGCGUGCACCGGACACCGGACCGCGGCGGACUCCGCCUGCCACUGGUGCUGCGGACACACCUGCAGCCUCGACAAGCCCGGAACCCUCUGCGACAGCUGGGCGGUAUGAUUUAUGUGUAAAUGAGCAAUUUUAUCACUUUACUUUAUGGUCAUGUUGAUCAUGUACUAGUACUAGCUUCUAGAGCUACAGAAGCACCAUACUUGAUUAUCAUCUACUUCCUGCAAGACAAAUAAGACAAACCCAAGCCGCCCUAAAAGAAAGCAUCACUCCCCGCCUUACUACGAUCGACAUAAUCUUCACUAGGGCCUUCUCGAUAGCAGCGGGUACUACGGCCGCAGCAAAAACGGGCUCGGGCAUGACAGCUGCGACCUGUCCAAGGCUAUAGACCGGUCGUCCGGAGGUGGUCCACAGGCGGCAGUCCUGGACACAGCAGCUCCGAAUGCAGCAGGUGGCCGACUUCGCUCCGCGCCGCAGGGCUUGGUUCUACUCCAACACGUAUCAAAUGCAAAAAUGUCUGGGUCUGGAAGGUUGCAACCUGUGAUGCUGCCUUUGGAUUCUACACAGAAUCUGUAUUGCGUGACUAGCAAAAGAGGUCCAUUUUUUGUUACACGGAGAAGGCAUUUCUCAUGCAGUACAGGCAUCACAAGGCCCUCAACAAAUCUGUGAUGCUAGGACAUGCAUCAGAGACAUCAGGGCGGGUCAUGCUAAAUAUGCAUGAUAAGCGCUGCUUUUUUCCAGACCCAGACAUUUUUGCAUUUGAUAACACGCGCCGACCUGCGAACAGUUUCUAUGCACUGCAAAAGCUAAAGCACCGUACUACAAGAACGUCAACGUGGAUCCUGCAUUAACAAAGAACAAUAAAAAUCGAGAUGGAACUUGUAACGCUAACUUGGAAUUCAGAAGUGAAGGGAUAGGGACGCCGAAGCAAAUGCAGAUCUGUCAUGCCGAACUGUGAAGAAAAUUAGUAUACGUGCGAUUCUUUUGCAGAUGAUACUUCCAAGCGGAGCACGAUUGCCUAGCGCACCACGAGAAAAACACGCCUUGCCACUGGUGCUGCGACGCGCUGUGUAUGCAAUACAAAUUUCCCGUACAAGUAGGUACAACAUGCAACACAAAUUUCACUAACUUAGAGCAGACAACUUGUCAUGCUGAACAGGAUCGAAGGGAAGCUUUGUCAUGCAGAAACGGCAUUUGUACGCGUACGGGAAAUUUGCUGUGGAUACUGUGUUACCAGAACGGGGCGAAGUGCGCGUCGUUGGAGAAGCUACUGGAUUCGUCCCUGGAGCCCGCCUUGAAGAGUAAAAACGCCUACAACUACGACACCUGCAACGCGUCCGGGGCGCAUGCGCUGGUGCUAACAAGCAUCCAGCAGAUCCCACGUACUUAUUCUUUCGAGGAUUUUGAAUUUUUGUUUUUCUUGUGGUCGUGACUCCGAUAUCUCGAAACAAAUCACUCCCGUACCUGUGCCGUAAUUUUUGGUGUUGCUUCACUAGACUACAGGUACAGCUACAGCUUAGAAGUCGUCGUGGUGUUGAAAAGUGCCCAUCAUCUUCGAGCGCUAUUGCUAUUGAUUAUGAUAUCACGGACGACACAUCAGGAACAAACAGGAUUUUUACCAACGCACCACUGAACACCAACUUCAGGUCAUGUGAAGGGCUACUUUUCGUCCCUCCUCGGGAUGUCGGUGAAGGGGAAGAACGGUUAUGCAUUGCAAAUAUGUCUGGGUGUGGACGUGGAGGAUUAUGAGAUUUCUCAUGCGAGUUUGGCAUGACUCUGAAAUCUGUAUUGCGUGGCAACGAAGACCUCCUCUUGUCUGUCAUGCAAAAACAAUGAGUCUCAUGCGGAAUACGCAACACAGAGCCACGAGAAAAUAUGUCAUGCUGUGCGGUGCAUUACAGUGCGCUUCCUGUUUACUGACAUGCAUUACAAGUUUCCAGACCCAGACUACAUAUUUGCAAUGCAUAACGGUGGCGGGGUUGACAAAGACAAGGAAAAGGCUGACCGUAUCCUGAGUAAAAACGUCCCCACACCAGAGUCAAGAUGCGAAAUCUGCUAUACAAAUCCACCAGCUUCGGUUGAUGUUUCGCGUGACAAAUUUGUCGUCGUAGGUUAAUCCUGUUGAGCUAGUUCAGAAGCAUCACAGAGCCAGCACAUCGUGCUGAUUCUAGCAUCACAAAUUGCCAAACACUAAUAGAGAACGCUUCUCAGCAUGGGGCUCCGCAUGAGAAACGUUUUUGGCAUGCAGAUUUGCAUGACAACUCUGGGGUGAUUUGCAUGACGCCCGCCCUGCGUGUCAAGCCAUCUGCGGCCAUGGUACAAUGGGGGGGGCAAACUGUGUCGCAUUUUGAUUAGCAUGACAACUCUGGGGUAGGGACGUUUUUACCCAGAAUAGACCGCCGCGCGAUGUACAACACGGAAAUCAAGAAACGAAAACGCAAGGGUAUGGAAGUGGUCUCAAGCGUUAAUACAACAAACAUUGUCAGCGUUAUUUACGUGAUUUGUCAUUGACAUGCAGUCAUGCAAAAGACCUAUCAGCCCCCAUACGCUCGAGCCACUUGGCAUGACAAAUUUUUCUUGCAGUAGCGGUAAACAGCAUGUGCAUGGAGAUUUACUUCUGUGCCGAAUUUGUAAUGCGGGACGCGCAGCAGGACCAGGAUCCCCUUCCACUUUUGAUGGCCCUCUUGCAUCACACAUUCAUCUUGUAAACAGCUGAGAGUGUAACAGUAACGUUUGAGAACUCCAUAAAGGGAGACCCGGUCUUCGGCGGAACCUGUUCGUGCGGGACACAGGUAUUUUAUGUAUGAUUCGACUGAGAAAAUUUUAUGUUUUGUCUUGCUUCGCGCUAUCCUUAAUGUUAAUGUUAAUUAUCAUCCCAGAUGUAUAAGUAACACGACGGCCACAGUUGUGACCACCACAACAAAGACGACCAAAAACUCUUCAUUUCCGCAGACCUUCGACGUGAGUGGCACCGAGAAAAACUGCGAGUCCCUGUGCACUGGUGGGACCAUGAUAGACGGUUGUGAAGACCUGGCCACCAUAUGGAUUGCAAGUAUGUCUGGGUCUGGAAAAAGACAAGUUUGUCAUGCACAUUUUCCAUGAUCCGCGAUGUCUGUGAUGUAUGCCCUAGCAUCACAGAUUUUUUGAGCGCUCAUCGAUGCGCAUAUCGCAUGACAAAUGCCCUCGUAGCGUAGCCAAAUUUGACCACUCCUCUUGCUGCUCAUGCAAUACAGAUUUUAUUUAGCAUCCAAACGCAGCAUGACAAGUUGCACUGUUCCAGAACCAGACGCAUUUGCAUUUGAUACACCAGCAUUGCGUACCAAACCGGACAGUCCAGCAGGAAACACCACCAGAAAGCGGUUUGCGGCAGGACGGACGCGCGUAUAUGAUGUUCGUGUUGAUAGACUCUCAUUUACAUUAGCAUUACAAUGACUAGACAUAAAAUUUCAUAUUGUGCGCUGCCUGAAGACAGCACAAAGUCUUACCCCCAUACACGAUAGCAUCGUCGCUGUCGCAGGGUAUCAAUAUCUCCUUGCUUGUUUCCCACGAGAGAUAAAUAAGUAACGAGAUUGCGAAUGUUUUUCCUCCGCAUCACAGGUGACGUUCUAAUCCACUCUGUUUCCGACAACCCCUUACCGGAAUUCUGGGCCGCCACGUGCACCUGUGACGCGUUAUCCAACAUCAAAAAAAGAUUUUUGUAGGCGUAAGUUUCUUCUGACGCGCAACAUGUAUACCGGUGAUUGCGUCUGUCAUGCUGGCCAUGCAUUGUAGCGUCAAUUCUUGAGCUGGGCGCCUCAGAUGAAAAAAGUCAUCUGAUUUUCUCUCAAUUUUUUGAGAUUUUUUUUUUUUGAAAAAUUUUGGAAAAAAACGGUCUACUUUGCAUUGGAAACAAAGUUGCUACUCACGUCGUUAGGUGCAUUUCUAUAGCGGUUUCGCCUUCUCAUCUCAUUUUUUUGGUCGAAACUGCAUGGUAUGCUGCAUCGAUGCUAUUCCGCAUGGUAUGGUGGUCAUUCGACUUGUCGAUCCUCCACCAUACCAUGCGGAAUAGCGAUCUAGCUGCUUCCGUCAGUUCCUUUUGGCCGUCGAUAGCGUCGGGUUCGAAACCCGACGCUAUACUGCUAUCGCGACACACGACGCGACUGUCGUCGUAUCGCUCGAAGCAGUAUACCAUGCGGAAACGCAUCCUCAAAGUUGUCGACAAAGUACACAGCCCGUGUUGGGCUGUGAUAGGGUCUCCGCGGUCGAUGACCGAUGCAGUCCGCUCGGCCGUUUGGCCGAGCGGUUAAGGGGCCGAGUUGUUUGUCUCAGUCCCUUUUCACCCUUCGCGAGGUCGGGUUCGAAACCCGGCACUAUACUUCUAUCGCGACAGACGACUUGGCUGUCGUCGUGUCGCUCAAAGCAGUUUAUCAUGCGGAAACGCAUGAUCAAAAAUGUCGACAACGUACACAGCCCGUAUUGGGCUGUGAUAGGGUCUCCGAGGUCGAUGACCGAUGCAGUCCGCUCGGCCGUUUGGCCGAGCGGGUAAGGGGCCGAGUUGUUUGUCUCAGUCCCUUUUCACCCUUUUUGCGAUCGCCGGUUCGAUUCUCGGCGACAAGUUUUUUUUCCGCGAUGCGAUCAGUACUAUUUUCGUAGCAUAGCGCCCAGGUUUGGAUUCUUGUGUGUCGAUGAGUAAUCACGACACACAACAAUCCAUACGCGGAUGUGCGGCGCAAAUAAAAUAGUACUGAUCAACGUGCAGCUGUUACUCGAUUAUUUGGCUGCGAACUUUCGCAGCCAAAUAAUACCGUCGACCCUCGUGUAUUCGGUUUUGAGAUACAGCUGCACACAGCGGAGGACUUUUACAGAGCUGCUACUUCGAAGGCUGAAGAGAAAAACGAAAAGUCUUUUGUCGAUGAUCAUCGUGCUAUGCAUUUCGAAAUGCAUAGCACGACGAUCAUGUAGUACGGCAAAAGAGCUUAUCGAUUUUCCUUUCUAACUGUAGCGGGCUUGUGUAUAGUCGGCUAUUUUGUAAAAAAGGGAAACGAAACUGCACCUGUUCGCGUUCGCGUGAAUAGCAACAAGAACUUUCCUCUGCAGAAUAGAACCGGGCAAGCAGUCGGCGCGGGUAGAAGAGGCAGCGGUAGGAAAGUGGUAGCGCGACCGGGCGGUGGGAGAUACACACAAAACAAAAGCGCUCGCAGUGUCGCUGCGAGUAACAUCUUGCGCCGAGAAGCGGCUGCGAACUGCAACUACAUCUGCAAUAAUUGCAGGCAGUGUUCGGUAAUUUUUUUGUCAUGCAAGAAGCGACGUUUUUUUCGAAAUACCAAACGAGCUGCUUUUUUGUGUGAGAAGAGAAGGCUGAGAGAUUUUUUGGCUGCGCUAUCAGGAGGGAAGGGCUGCGGAAGAGUGCCAGCACGAGAACGGGGAAACGCAAGUAUUUUUUUUUGGAAAUACAAAAUGCGUAUUCUAUUCUCCUACUAGCAGGCAGGUUUUUUUUUUAAACUAAGCAGUACCCACAUACCUAAGAUAAAAUAAUUAAUUUGCUAGCACGCAAUCCCAUCUAAGUAAAGCUAUAUAAUAACAACUGCGUCCGCAUCUAUUGGCGCGGUCCUGUUCUUCCGCCGUCGUUUGUGUUUCCGCGCCAGUUUUUCGGCGUAACAACACGGAGUAGGAAAAUGGUGAAGAAGAACCAGGCGCCGAAGACAAAAAAGCAAGAAGAAGAUGCGGCGGCGAAACAGAACGAAAAACAGGAGGAGCACGCGGCCUCUUUCAACUCGCAGCCAGUCGUACCUCGCUCCGAGGAAGUUGUGGAAACUAGCCGCACUGCUGGUCGAGACGUGUUUCGAGUUCAGCCAGACCUACUUCAACGACAGCAGCAGGUUUUCCCUCGUACAUUAUCGAGUCGAAAUAGAUGGCACUACGUGCCAAAACAUGCUAUUUGAGAAUAGCACUCGCGGAAAAAUAAAAGUGUUUGCCCACGUCAUGAUCAGCAUGGUGGCAAUAACUUUUUGCUGUGGCAACAUCGACAAAAUGGGCUCCGUCUUCCUUCCAUCACAUACUGUGAUGUACCCAUCGAGCUACGAUUUUGGACCACGACAACAAAACCAAAAAUCAGCAUUCCGGGGGUACAGUGAAGCUUUUGAGGUGGCAGACCAGUUAUGGACGUAUCACUCGCCGGAAGUUUUUUUCAGUAACUGGUCGCAGAACACCAUCAAAGUAUGGUCGCCGGUUACGGACUCCGGCGGUAGUACAAUCCCGACAUUGUUUUAUGUCGGGGGCCUGUUCAUGGCGUCCAAGUACUUGUCCGACGUUGUACUUUGGACGCAACGCUGUAAAGUCCAUCAAACCGCCCUUGUUACGAAGCAGGUUGCGGAGCUAUACCUGGGGAUGAUGAACCUCGACCCGGUUGGUUGGCAAAAAAGGCUUUGGUUACAGGUAUAGCCACGCAGUAUUUGCUUCGUUUCUGCAUGACAAAUUUUAUGACGUUCCGCAUGACAAAUGAAAUAUUAUGCGCAUCAACAUUGUUUUCUAUAUUUAUCAUCCAGGUUCACAGCAUCAAGCUGCUGCAGGAGAAGAUCCACAACGGCCUCGACCAGGUGGAGCAAUGGCUCGCUCCGUGGGACAAAGGAGAGAAACCACCCAAAGACGAGAAGCUGUGUGCUUUCUUGGACCGCCUACCGAUGGACACGAAAAAAAAAGACUUCUUCCGGGACUGCAGUGUGCGGCAGAAGUUGCUCGUCAUCCCGCGAAACAGCAAGCAUCAAUGCAUGCGAGCGCUGCAUUGUCUGUGCCGCGGCUUCAAAUGUCCGGUCUGGACACGAUGGUUGGCGGUGAUGUCGUGUCUGACGCAGCUCUCCCUGGCGACCGCGUUCUUCCUAGGAAGAAUUUUUACGGGACUGGGCGAAAGAAUUUCUUUCGGCCAAGAGAAAAUCUUGGAGCAUGGUUUUACGGUGGACAUGCGCAACAAGACAGGCACUACAAAUACAUAAUAUUGCCAUGCGUCGACGGUUCCACAGAGUGCAUGGUAGAAAAGCAUGCAAAUGCACAUUUUUUCUCAUGCAAAAAUCAUGCAUUUUUGCCAAUCCAGCAUGACAAACUUACAUCUUCAACGAACUCAUAACAAAAUCAGGAACACAAUUCCUCUUCCUGGUGACGAGUUGGUUUUUGCUUCACUUGAUACGCCCCAUCGAGCGUUAUGAUGGUAGCAUGCUGCGGAGCAAUGUUCGGGAAAAAGGACGGGCGGCAUUGAAGCAAACCUUUCGGGAGGAUCUCGUCAGCGCGUGCAACUACUUCAGCGACAAACAGGCAGUGCUGGAUGAUCUGGCGUUUUUGAUGUGCGGCAUCGGGAUCGGAAGCGUGACGCUUUCGGAUGCGCAACUUGAACUGGUAUAGAAUAAAACAGCCUUUCCAUUUUGUCAUGCACAUUUUCCAGCAUGACGCGAGGACUUUUGAAGUGCAUACUUAGAAUUAAAAUGCAAAACAGAUAGAGCUGGCGCGGAUAAAUGCACAACGCGUCCUCAUCAUCUCCCGCUGUAUUCUUCUCUAUCGCGACGGGCAGUGCGAUCUGGAGCAGUUGGACAAGUGCAAGCUCGACGUGUACACGCAAGGGGAUCCCGGGUCGAUAUCGCUUCAUUCUGUACAGCGGUAUAUGCGGAAUCUGCCGCAGAACAUCCGCGAAGCGAAGAUGAAAUCCCUCACCGAAUACCUCGAAGUUGCCAACCGCAGCACCAAAAACUGCGAGAAACGGGGUGGACGUUACAAGUGGCAUACGAAGCGGCGCAAGACUGGAACCAAGAGUAUCCCCGGAGUUAUGAAAUGAAAAUGUGUAGCAUAGCUUUCUUGCAUUGCAGGUUUUUUUCUGAAAAGGCGCCACGUACUACAUAAGGCAUGACGAAUCUGUGCAGCGACAUGAUGAGAGCGUAACUUUUUGCAUGCAAAUUGCAGCGCUUUUUCAGUUUUGAUUUUUACUUGCAGGAGGCUAUGUUACAUAUUUUCAACGCAUACGACCGGACGCGCAGCUAAACAGAAAGGACUGGCAAAACAUGGCUUCGGUGGUGGAAGAGGAAUGCCGGCCGUACUUGCUACCGGAUCAAGAAGACGACGAUACCGGCGAACCCGCAGCGAAACGGCACUACGCCUGCACACGACCGAUAGAUGCGAAACGGGAAGACCAGUGGGAGGACGGUGAAGAAGUCGUGAAGAUGACAGCGGCGGACGUGCUAGAAAAGUGUCACAAAUUGAAUUCCUGGAAGGACGACGACGAAAAAGCGAAAUACACCAUCAUCGCAGCGGAAAUGGAUAAGAAGAAGGAGCUACUAGCGGCGGAGCUGAAGUAUGAGGAUGCCGAAGAAAGCGAAGAAGAGGAGGAAGAAGUCCGGGAAUUUGCUGUCGUGAACCGCGAGAAAUUGUACUACGAAGGGGUGCAGGAACGAGUGCUGCAAAAGUACUUGACAAAAGACGGCGACUAUCGAAAACUUGCACCCGCUAUGUGCAACAGAACCAACCAGCUGAUUACAGUGGAAAAGCCGCCGGAGGUGACGGUGCGGGCGAAAGUUAAACCGGCUUCUGCUGUGCUGAUAUCGCGUUUCAUCCGGGCGAAGCGCGGUAAGCUGAAAUCGCUGCGACAAGAGAAGAAGGCUGCUGGAAUCGAGCCCGGUGAUCUAGCUCACCUGAACCUCGCCGAGCCGGAUGAUGAUGCUAUCGAAACGCAGCAAUCUUAUCCUGCGAAGAAACAGAAAGCUUCGCAUGCUUGCAUACAAAAACUUUGGCCUUCUUCGCAGGAUAAGAUUGCUGCGAUCGAUAGUCGACGACGAACUGCUGGUAGAAGACGCAGACGAAGUUGGGGAAGACGACAACAUCGCGAUGCCGGUACUGCAGGGGGUGCACGACGUGUCGUCGUUAUUGUCGCCAUUCUUCAUAACGCAGUACAAGCACCGUCCGUCGGGGGAAGUGCACACGUUCCUCAUUUCAGACGUGGUGCUGUCUCCAUCAUCGUUCAAAGCGGUGCAAUUAGCACUGCAGAAAGAUCCGGGAAAGGAGUGGUGGCAGUGCAGGAUGCGAAUGACCUGGAUAAACUUGUACUCCGACGACCGCGGCACCGAAUACGACCUGGAUGCGAUGUAUGCAGCCAAAACAUUGAAGCUACAUGACAAGCAUCACAAAUGUUGAUUUUUGCAUUACAAAUUUUGAUUUCUUGUGCGCAAAGCCUUUACAUAUUUCAUGCAAAUAUCUAAUGCAUAGUAGUAAUGCUUGGCUUGCAGCUUCAAUGCUUUUCACGGGAUACACUCGGGCCGAUGUACACGAUGAAAGUCGACGUAAAGGACGGCAGAAGCAAAGCGUGCCUGUUCUGUGGAGAACGGAUCAACCUGUCGCACCGGCAGCAGCGGACCAAGGCGGGAAAGGAGGAGGACAAGGUGCUCAGGGAAGAGUGGGCCUCCGCUAGCAAUAGCGAGAAAGCCCAAAUGCAGGACAACUUGGAGAAGUUUCUGCAGCCUACGAUGCUGGCUUUGACCGCGCCGAAAUCGACCGACAAGAUCUGGGUUCUGGACGACAACAAGAUGGUAGCAAUGCCACUACAGUCGGAUGACGUCCAUGCGGAAACGUGGCGAAAGACGAACAAGAUCGUCGUGGAGGAACCGCAAGCGCAGGCUUCAACGCAGGUGGAAACGCAGGGUAUGACUGCCCUUUCUGCGACGGCGAAGAUGCACCUCUCGAGCAAGGAAUACGCACUGCAUCAGCUGGAGCGACAGAAGGUUGCUAAUCGUCUCUUCGCAACGAGAGUCGAAGGGUGGAAAUGCAUCGAAGCGUCGACGGUGUUUGACCGCAAGAGAACCGGAAGAGAUGCUGUCCGACUGAGCAUGAAGUGCGUGGACACCAAGCUGGCGAACAACAUGAAAAAGCUCCUCGUCCACCCCUACCUGGACAUGAAGUGCCAGUCGACGAAGAGGCCCAUGAGGAGCAUGGUGCUUGGCGAGAAAGAGGGACCCCUUUGGGUCGAGUGCCUCCUAAACGGGUGGGCCGUGAUGUGCCGUCUCAUCUGCGAAAAAGCCAGCUCCAACAGCAAGUACGAACCGCAGUCCACCGAAGAUGAUUUGGAGGCUUUGAAGUCCCAGUACGCCGCCUACACCUCGGAGAUCCGUGCUUUUGCCGCCGAACGUGCUGGAAAGGACGCUACCAGGCAGAAGGAGUUCGACGCUCUGAUGCACAUUUCUGACCAGACCUACAAGUACCUCUCGCCCGGAAAGUCGACUACGUCGUGGUUGGAUUUCCAGAAGAUCGACGCAGAAUACCUGGAAAUCGCCGACGUCCUUGUGGAGAAGCAGAGGAUCAAGGCCAAGACCAAAAAGCAGCCAAAGAUGGCUGCUGCAGGUGCGGGUAAACAGCAUGAUGUGCUCGCAGAAUCGGCGUCCCAAGUGCCGGCCCAGUGAAGGUGGUCGGGCACCUCAAGUUGUAGUUGAGCACGCUUAUACUCUGCACAGUUUCAGGCUCAAAAAGCAUUGAUUUAUUGUACAACUCAUCUCUCAGAGGAAAUCUCAACUAUUCCUCACAAAAAGUGGCCAUUUUUUGAGCUCAAAAGUGAUCACUUUUGAGCACAAAAAAAAGUCUCUCGCUUUUCCUCCUCGAAGUCACCCUUUGCAUCUGCAUAGUCAAAAAAAAAGUCUAGAAAAAAGACUCAUGUCCUACUUAUAUUCUCCAUUAUCGCGAGACUUUUUCGAGUUCACCUUCUAGAAAAUCAGGAGACUUUUUUUUCGAGGUCAAAUUUGCAAAGCGUCUCAUUUUUCGAGUUCACUUUUGAGCAGAAAAAAUGAUCACUUUUUGUGAGGAAAAGUCGUCACUUUUAAAGGAUGUCAGAAAAUGUAGCUUUAAGUAGACAAGAAAGCGUCAAUUUGUAAUGCGUAGAAGGUGCCAAAAAGAGCACUACUAGAACAAGAAAAGCCUAGUAAAGUAGUAUGUAGUAACUUCACGGCUGGUCAUCGAACUUUGGCCCACCGCGACUACUUCACCCUCGCGGUCAUGCGGCAACGGAGAUGGUCACCAUGGACGAACGGAUACCUGCGAGCCCUAGAUCACCACCAUGACGCGUUGACCAUCUGCGCCAUGACCUUCGCCUUCUUGUCCGAGUUACCGAUGGCCAGCCGUGUAGAGUAGUGGCGUGCCUGACAGUAGUUUCAUUGCAAGUAGUAGAAUAUAGUGCACAAAUUGAAUAUUACAUAGGAACAGCUGUAGACUUUAGCAUCGCGCAAAAGACCUAUAUAUAAGCCAGAAGCGUUGACAACUUUGCACAAUCUUAACUGCGUAGAACGACCUUACUUCGUGCGAAAGUGCAUAACUUGUAAUACAAACAGUGUGCCUGUAGAUGGACGUAGUGCGUGACAGUAAAGCCACACAGUAGUAGCAUCAUGCAUACACAUAGGGACAUAGCGCAGCUCUUCAUGGGAAGUUGAAGCAGCAUAGUACUGCUGCUUUGUGAUACACAGCAUGACAAAUUAGUAGACUUCGAAGUGCAUGUCAUAAAUUGAGUACGCUGGAUUGACAUACAAGAAGCAUGACAGACUGCACACGCAAGUAGUGGAACAUACAUGAAAAAAGAAGGCACUUCUCGAGUUGAUAUAGCACAGCAUGCAAGUAUGUCAUAGAGGUAGAAUUGCGCGCACAAUACAGAAGUAAAGCAAGGCUUUUUUUUGUGUGAGUUCGGCGUCGAUGGUGGCGCUGUCGUGUCGUAAGCUUCAGCACACAUAGUACUUGGUAAAAACGUGCUGACGUCAUCAAAUAAGUCGGCUCUUUGUUUUGUUUUUUUUUGUGAGAGAUGAAGCAGUGCAUUGUAGUGCCUAGAAUGAGAUGACUGUUGUUGUUGUAGUUCAAGUUAUGGGAUAGAUCUGAGAUCUCACUUUGACAGUGGUAAUGGUGAAGAAAAAAAGGUGGUUGCUUUGAUGAUCUUGAUGUUGUUUGGAUACUUUCAUUUUACAAUUUUGAAUUUCUGACGCGCGCCAUCUAAUACUUGCUUUUCAUCAUCUUCAUCAACGCAAAACCCGUAGCCAGCUACUUCUUGAGUUCUUCCUUUGUGGAGAGUUCUUCCUUUGAAAAAAAAAGCGUGUCAAGAUGGCAAACAGAUUGGCCCGUCACCCCACUGGAGAGGUCGCCCAGGAGUUUCUGCAGAACGCAGCUCUGCCGGUACACAUUUUUGAGCUUGUCAUGCAUAGAGUGCCUUUAUCAUGGAUGAGCAGGCGCUUGUCGAUGUGAAACAGACAUACUGUAAAUUCAAAAAAAUUACCACUACAGCAAGACGCGAAUCAUGUCGCUGCCAUGGGUGCCCUCUGGCGUCAGGAAGGUCGCACGCGGACCCGUCUGUUAUGGUAGCAAUAUCUAGCUCAGCACCUUACACUACUGCUUUGUCAUGCUAACUAUGAUGCAAAUUGGUCUCGACCAACUGUGCGACUACGUGCUUAAUGCGUGUGAAAUAGCAUAUCUGAUCAUAUGAGUUUGUCACGCGCUUUUGCAUUUUUGAAGUAGCCAGGCAUGCAUGACGCGGCUGAGGUGCUGAGCUAGAGUUGCAACUUGCAUAAUUUUUGAGUCGCGUCCAGUACCUUUCCACCCUGACUGACGCCCAGAUCGGUAACCUCGAACUGGCCCACGAAGCCGUCAUCGCCAGGUCCAUGGCCGCGUUGCCCUCGGCGGUGCGUCAGAUCGUGCUCUUCACGCGCACCGACAUCAUCGCCCGCGAAGCGGCCCGUUUGGGAAGGGCCGACUUCAAUCAUACUACGCUCGAGCAAGAACGUCGCGUGGCAGUACUACAUCAAUUUUGGAACUUGUGCAUCACAAACUUGACCGACAUGGCAGUCGCGUGAUGCUUUUGUGAAGUAUGGAUUUCUGCAUGACAAAACUGCCAUUUGAAGUGGAAAUCAUGGUCAAGAACCACGACUCAGGUCCAUCUCCAGGGGAGAUUUGCCUCCCUGACCGAUGAGGCGGGCCAACGGGUUACGUGCUCUCGGCGUGUGCGAUCGUCUGUGCGGUUUAAUGCGCCACCCAGAAGCCCGUGAUGAAGUGGAGCGCGCGGGAGUCAUCGCUUUGUUUCAGGGUGGUGCCUUCCAGCGGACCGCGGCCCGCCAGCCCCGGACCUUGGUCCAGUUUCGCGACUGGUGUAUUUGUGUGUUUUUGUUGAUAAAGUGAUGCUGUUCACAUCGUAAUCUUACGUCGGUCCAUUGAAAUCAUGCUUCAGUGCCACAGAAAAACGCAACUGUAAUUUCAUGAGAUACAUCAUUCUGACAAUAAAAAACAGGGCGUACGCGCAGGCCCGCGCGUUCGUGUCCGGCAACAACAACAUGCCCGAGAUCCGCGAGAACAUGAUGAUGAUCAGCAAUGCGAUCGAGCUGCAGCAGGUGUCUUUGCUGGAAGACGCCAUCGCCACCCAGUUGCUGCAGGGUGCCCCCGUCAACGGCGGACAGACGCUCCAGGAGUUGUUCUGGGAGAAGGCGAUGGACGUAUAUAGUGUUGCGCCUUUUGCAAAGUGAGCGCGUUUCAUCGGUUGAGUCGUGUAUUGCGUAGUCGGAAACUGACGAAGCAAAGUUUUUAGCUUCUAUGCAUGACAGAGCUACUGUGUAGCGCAGAUGACGAACAAAGCAUCCAAUAUUGAUAAGAGACAUAUCCUGAAACGAUGAGCACGCAUGUUGCGUUUCAUACUGCAAAUCCACAACAGAUGCUCCGCGCUGCCGCCGUGGCCGAACUGUUGGCCCAGGUGGAGACUCAGCUCGGCACCUUCUUGCGCACCGGUAGCGCCCAGUUCACCGUGUGCGACGAUGCAAAGAUAAAACCUUGGCUCAAAGCACUGCUUUCUCUUUCAGAUUUUACUCUGCAUGCUAUGCUCAUGAGUUCGCGUGGUUGGGACUUGAAAAAAAGAAAGUACUGCACUGUAAAAGUACCAAGAGAACAGGACGUCAAAAUACAGUGGAGGAAAUGCAAGAAGAAGUGAUAAAAAAGUCGAAGAGUGCACCCGUCGCGCACCUUUUGAAAGGAAGUCAGUGUGUUGCUCCAAGGUUUUUUUCAUAGCGUAGCAAGGCUGACUUGACCCGCGCGCUCGACACUUCGCGUUGUGCUGAGGAGAUGGUGAUGAAAGCGAUCAAGCGCGCGCAGGGAGAGGUGCCCCCCCAGCCGGAGAUCCAUGAUUUGGUACUACUUUUUCAUGCUGCUUGAGUUGAGAGUUAUCACGAGCCGAGAGAGCGAACUUUAUUGGUUGAUCAAAAAACGAAUCUUCCUGCAUAACAAGUUUGAUACUGAAGUGCCAGCUUUAUUGUCGUAUAGUUUCGUCUGUAAUUUCUACAAUGCAAAUCUCCAGGGCUUGAUGCGUCAGAUGGUCAACACUAUCCGCCAGUGGAUGAACCUGCCCCAGCCGCACCCGGUCAUCACCACUUUGAUCGGUUUGAACGACGCCUACACCAACACGACCUCGCUGCACUACACCAAAUUGCCCGGCAACUUCACGCAGCAGCACAAUGGUGCCUUGCGCCGCUACUUGUUGACCAUGGACCAGACCCGCGUGGAGGGGCAGCUGCGGGACCUCGACAGCCGCAUCCUGGCCAUUGGCACCGCUUUUGACUUCUUGCAUGACUGGGACAACCGCGGAUCGCAGCAGGAGAUGAUCGACUUGCACGCCUUCUUGGGUGGAAUCCGCUUUCCCGCCCGCAACCGCUGGCGUUCCCUGCACGAGAUCACGCGCGAGAUGUGCAACUGCUACACCGGUGGUGCGCACCAGGAGCAUGCCGACCGCGCCAACACCAUGUUAGCGAUGAAGGAGGAUUUGGAAGCGCGCCUGUUCACCGAGUGCCCGUCCAUCCAGGAGAAGUUGAGUGAGACGCUUGAGAAGUUCGUCCGCCGCAUGCAGGAGUUGGAGGAGGGUCCGUUGCGGAUCGCUUUGGCGAACGGUAUACGCACAGAAAAUUUCUUGGUUGUAAGCAAUUAGAAGUACGACCUACUGCAUGCAAGACAGAUUGGUUUAUGCAAAGCAAAAAUGAGCAUAAUACUAUGCGAAACUGCAUCUACAACAUCACGCCAAAAAUAAUAUCAGGAUCGUACCAGGAGUCCGUCCAGGCUUACAACAGUAUGACGGUGCCAUUCAGUUUUCUCUUUCCCGCCCAGAAGCAAUUGCUCUGGCGUGAGAUCACCCGCCAGCUCCCGAACGGUGCCGACCCGGCCGGUGCGAACGCCAAUCAGCCCGCGCCCCAGAGACGCAGAAUCAACCUCCAGUUGCACGUGCCGGGUGGUGCGCAGGCCAACGUGAACGCCCCCAUUGCCAACAACGCGGUCGCGGGCGGAUCCGAUGAUGAGGAUGAGUAGUUGGACGGAUAAUUUUGGUCGUGAAAGUUGUUUGCAAUAGUCGCACUUUACAUACCAAUAUUUGCUGCUUCAUCACCGUCGGUUUGAUCGACCAGAGGAUACUACUCAAGCAACUUUUACUAGGUUUUGAUUGAUUUAUUGUUUCGUACUUUUUAUACUUCGAAAAUGCACAGUUUCAUCUUGCCACAAGUGCAUAAUAGUAAAAGUAUGGACCAGUAAGUCAGUCAGUGAGUCACUUUGUCGGGGACUUAAUGAUAUUUGUAGGCUUCAAUGUUUUCGUAAAGAACUCACUGUUCCUACUGGCAGGAGGCCCAUAUCCAACAGUCUCACACGUGGUGGAGGGAAUAAUAAAUAAAGCUCAACACGUAAAUAGGAGCGGGAGCAGAGUUGUUAAUCAAAAAUAAUAUGUAGAGUUUUUCUGUAUAAUAUAUCAAAAACAACUCUGUUAUGGUGGAUGUGUGAGAUGUUGACGUAAAUGCAAAAUUCCUCCUUUGUAGAAAUGUUCUACUUGAGUUCAAGCAGAACCAUCUACAGAAGGAGGGGGGAAAUUAAAGUUUAAUUAUAGAGUCGACGUCCAGCUAGUUGCUGCUUUUUUCCAUCUUUUCUACAUAAUGUUCUACUUGUUGCCCAUGACAAACUUUGAUGAAACACGAUGCAAGACAUGAAUGCACAAGUCGGUGAGAACGUUGUCGGUGUAGAUCACAGCAUACAAAUGAAAAGUCGGUGAUGAACCAGAAGCGCAUGUGUAAUAUCGGUGCGACUAUACAGAGUAAAGAAAAGCGCGAUCGGUGUGACAGUUGCAUGCGUGCAGUGCUUUAUGCAAGCCGCCUCCCCGGGCGGGAUAGAAAUUCGGGAGGCUGUAGUGUUUACUAUAGAAAAAGAUAGUCGUGCCUUAGCAUACGCUGUAAAGUAGCCUGCUACUACAUCACGCCAACAAUAGAAUGUAGUUUGAGCUUUGUGCUGACGAGCACACCGGAUCGGGCCGUCGGGCUGCGCCGCGAAUUCAGUGCCGACGGGGCUGCGAUGUGGAGACGCGACUGUGGAUUUUGCGAAUGUGGACGCCGCGACCGCAGCGUUGGAAUUUUUUGAACCCCCAUCGGUUCCCAUCGCCGCGUGAGCGGAGAUUUGCGGUGGAGCGAGCGAGUGUGGAUCUGCGAUGUGGAGCUGUGGAGCGGCGAUGUGGAUCGGCGUUGGCGAGCUGCGAUGUGGAGCCGCGCGGUGGACCUGCGAUGUGGAUUUCGCGACGACAACCUUCGCUUCCCUUGAACCUUUGGUGGUUCUCGUGGCGGCGUAGACGGAUUUGCGGCGGCAGGAGUGGAUGCGGAGCUGCGAUGUGGACUUGCCGGCGGUGGCAGCGAGAUGUGGAAAGCGGAAUUGCGGCGUUGAGCCCGACUGCUCCGCCUGCGAACGGCGAUGUGGAUCCGCGAUGCGACGACGCGAUGCGGAGUUGGCUGCUACGGAGCCACGAGCGGAGGCUGGAGUGCGGAUUUGGAACGACGGCGGAACUUCCGUCCGCCUUCGCAAACUUUGAACCUCAGGUGGUUCCUAUCGCAGCGUGGACGAGCUGUGGUGGCGGCGUGGAGCGAAUGCGGAUUUGCGAAUACGCCACCCUUCGUUGUGGCGCGGACGACUGGAAAGUGGACGUCGAGAUGCGGACGAAACAGCGGUGGUGUUGUUGGAUCUGCUGCUUGCUGCCGACGGAUGGAUGUGGAUUCUUCCUCCCUUCUACGGAAGGUUGCGCUUUUUUUCCCCGCAUCGACCCGCUCUACAUCAUGAAUCACAAUCGGGUUUUGCGGGUUCCGAAGUCGCAACGAGGACGCGGUAAAAAGACAGCUGACGGCUUAGGCGGGAAUGCUACGCGGCGAUGCGGAGUGGCGAGACGACGGACCCGGGCGACGUGCAGAUCACGAUGAAAUACAUAAUUGUGUAUGUACAGUAAAAAAAAAACGGGAUUGCGUGCUAGCUAGCUCUAUAUCUCUUACCACUCCUUGAAAAAAAAACGCGAACACAGUAGCACUACGAUCUUUUUAUGUCUAAGUAUUGAUGCAGCUAUUGUAUAUGUUCACCUCAACCAAAAAAACAGGUGAUGACUCGCGGGCAAGUGCAGUUGAAAUACUGUUGGCGUGAUGUAGUACUGAGAUACGACUGACGGCAGUCACAAGCAGGCUCUCAAAGCAGGCCACUUCGCACCUGCAAACAUCGACUUCAAAAUUUUUUUUUAAAAAAAAAAUCUAAAAAAAUCGGGAGAAAAUCGUGGACGGGGUGCCAUCUGAGCGCGCCCAGCUCAACAAUUCAAGUGCGGUUUCACAUGCUAUCCUCCCAUGACAGGUUUCUGCUGUCGACAUGCGCAUGCCCGACAGAUUUGUGAUGCUGGUCAGCCAAAAAACAAAAAGGCACACAACCCACGAAUCUUCUUUUUUGCUCGGAUACGCGUCCGGGAACUCCUACACCUUCGGAGGUUCGGAGGACUACGCGUGCGGACUGGGCCACGCACCCCCCGGCUGCAUGUUCGGCAGCGUGACGGCGCAGUGCGCCCGGCAGGAAGUGCCGCCGGUGCUGCUGCAAACAGAGGACUCGGAAAAAUUGAACACGCGGGUCCUCUGUGCGAAGGUUCGGGAUGAUAUGGAUUGCAAAGAUGUCUGGGUCUGGAAAAGUACAAAGUUUGUCAUGCUAGGCUAGCAAGACUCCUACUUAAGUCUGUCAUGCGCGUUACCCAAAGGCCCUAUUUUUCUGUGAUGCAAAAACGCAGUUUGUCAUGCGGAAUAGGCAAGACUUAGAAGCUCAGAAACUUGUCAUGCUGAGCCAUCAUUUGUGGCCUCCACAUUCUAACUCCCUCAUCAUUAGAAGUUUCCAGACCCAGACAUAUU